AUGCGCACGGAAAUCCACAACCCCAAUACCCGGCCCUCAACCAGGCCACCCGCCGCUCUAACACUGCAUGAAUUCCACGGCAAAACCUUUAGCCCUCCGAUUCCAGUCUAUCUCCCCUGGAAUCUCAGUGCAGCGGAAUUCGAGCAGAUACUGGAGCGCCCGGAAAACGAGCCAGCCUUCAGAUUUCCCGCGCUGCGAAACUGGCUUGUGCGACUGCUCAAAGCGCUAGAUGCACAGCAGAAUGCAGCACAUCCCUUUCACAAGCGGCCAUACCGACUGGAAGAACUGAAUAUCGAAGCUGUGGACUGGUUUGACAAGAAAGAGCAUACGUGGCUCGGCUUCAUGAAGAUACAAGCUGAGAUUAGAAAUGGGCCUGGUGCGGGGGAUUGGGUGCCUGGUGCAGCAUUCCUUCGGGGUGGUAGCGUAGCGAUUCUCGCCAUUGUCCAGCCAAGCGACGCUCUCGGUGAAGACGAAAAACACGUCAUCUGUACUGUGCAGCCUCGACCUGCAGCUUCCAGUCUGGCUUUUACCGAGAUUCCUGCUGGCAUGCUAGAUGACUCUGGGUCCUUUGCGGGGACAGCAGCAAGGGAACUCAAGGAAGAAGCACAUCUUGAUAUCCAGGCGAGCGAAUUACUCGAUUUGACUGAACUGGCUUUGUCAGAAGGAUCGCGUGACUUUGUAUCUACAGCAGAGGAACUACACUCGGCAAUGUAUCCCAGUCCUGGUGCAUGCGACGAGUUUAUCAAGCUUUACUUGUACCAGAAGCGGCUUUCACGUCCGCACAUGGAGUGGCUCAGAGGCAGAGCAACAGGGCUUGAGCAUGAAGGUGAGAGAAUCAAGCUGAAGCUAGUUCCGUUGACGAGUUUCUGGAGAGAGGCCGCGAGAGAUGCAAAGGCGCUGUCGGCGCUGGCCUUGUAUGAGAACUUGAGGAGAGAAGGCCGCGUUCCUGAUAUGCCUCAUGAGUCGGCCGAGGAACCCGAUAAUCUAGCUGGGAGCUCUGUAUCGUAG